AUGAAUAAAUUUGAACAAAAAAUCGUUUUAAAUGAAUUAUUUAAAGAAAAAAAUCAAUCAAUAACUUGUAUUGAAGAUUUUUCAAAUGAAAUUUUUUAUGAAAUUUUUGAUUAUUUCAAUGGUUAUGAAAUAAUUGAAAAAUUUUCCAAUCUUAAUUCUCAAUUUGAUAGACUUCUUUAUUCUUCAUUAUUUUUAAUUAAAACUCAUUUUUUUUUAUUUCAUUAUCAAAAAAAAAUAAUAAGCACAUUUAAUAAAUUAGAAAUAUUUUCAACUAAAAUAUAUUCAAAUUUAAAAAUUUUAUCUAUUAGUUUUUCAAAAAAUAUUGAUUUGCUUGAUGCUCAUCAAUGGGAAAUAAUUAUUUUAAAGUAUUAUCCUCAAUUAGAAAAAUUCUAUUUGAAUUAUUAUGAAUCUAUAAAUAAUGACAAUCAAUAUCCAAUUUAUUCUGGAAAAAUAAAUGAUUUUUCAUCAUCAUUUUGGAUUGAACGAAAAUGGAUAUUUUAUGUUGAAAUUAACUUUCUCAAUAUUGAAUAUAAAAUUCGUCCAUACAAUAAAAAAUGGUAUGAUGAUAGAAACAAUAAUAUAAUUAAUUAUUCUACCAAUUUGACAUUAAAAUUUAUUGAUGAUUCUAUAUUUGAAGAAAUUGAACGAACUUUAACAAUAACAAAGAUUUAUCAUUUAGAAAUUUUUGAAAAAGAAAUUUCAAUUUCUAUAUUGAUUCGAAUUCUUAAUCAAUUAUCACAAAUAAUUACAUUAAAAGUUCAUUCAAUAUUAACAGACGGAACAACAGAAAUUACUUUUGAAGAACUUUAUAUUGUCUGGUCAAUGAAAGAGAUAAGUAAAAUUACCAAGGUCUAUCUUAAAGAGAUUAAUAAUAUUAAACAACUUAAUGUUAUUUUCGAAUUUUGUCCUAAUAUGGAAUAUUUUAAAGUUGGAUUUAUAAAUUUGUUGGAUAUUCAAUUGUUUUUUCGUACUAUUUUCAAUAAUAUUAAAUAUUAUAAUCAUCAUCCUAAUUCAUUAUGUCUUAAUAUUCCAACAGCAGAUGAUAAAAUACUUGAAGAUAUUAAACAAACAAUUAAAUAUGAAAAUCUACCUCCUCCUUUUAUAAUUAAACGUGUAUUAGAUAAUGUUUAUUUAAAAUGGAAAUGA